AUGGCUGAAGCGGCGCUAAAACAAGCGAAGACUGACCGACGUUCAGCAAAAUCGGCCUUCACAAGGGCUGGAAAAGCGUUGGUACAUGCCGUAGAACAUAAGAGACCUCCGAAUGAGGUAAGAGAAGUCUUAAUUAAGCUGCAGGGAGUGUAUGAAAACUUAGUGGUUAAACACGAGGGUUAUACCAAGCUCAUUGAAGAUGACAGCGCGUACGAAACUGAAGAACAAUGGCUCUCCGAUUGCCAGGAAAUAUUCAUGCGUCUUGAAGUAGACGCCAAAAUGUUUGUUGAAAGUGUGGAACAGUCGAGUUCGAAUGAUUUAGCUAAGAAUGCUGAUGAUAAGCAGAUUAACACAGAAAGCAAUGUAAACAUCACGUCAAACGCUAGUACAGCGAAUUUACAGCAAAGUCCUAUUGAAGCUGGUGCCUGCACGUUUAAACUGGAAAAACCCAAGCUUCCUGUUUUCGCUGGAAAUGUCCGAGAUUACGCCAUCUUUCGUUCAGAUUUCAAGCACGCAAUAGAAGCGAAGUACUUAAAGAGAGAUUCAAUCACGCUCCUGCGUACGUGCCUGCGAGAUAAGCCACUCGAGCUCAUUAAGGGAAUAGGAAGCGACUACGACGCCGCCUGGGACUACUUGGACUCCAUCUAUGGCGACCCAAGAUUUGUGUCAGACACUGUAACUCAGGACAUUGUUCAAUUCAAAGCCUUGCAGGAAGGCGAGGAUGCGCGAUUUUGCGACCUCGUACAUCUGGUGAAAAGAUGUUACAAUACCUUAAAAGAAGUUGGUCUCCCUAGUGACAUGAACAAUAGCCACAUGCUUUCGAUCAUUGAACAGAAGAUGUGCGCUGAUGACAGAAAAGUUUGGGCGAGAGAUCUGGAAAGGGAAAAGAAACCUGCUACCCUUGAAGCGUUGAUGAAUUGGAUGAAUGUUGAAAUGAAAUCGCGAAUGCGCGCUACAGCGCCAAUCAGAGUGGGCUCAUCUGGUAGACGCCCUGUGCAUCACUUCAGGUCUGAUAGCGACAAACCCGUUUGGCACAAAUGUUGGCUGUGCAAAACUUCAUCACACUGGCCUGAUCAAUGCCCGAAAUUCAUAUCCCUCAGCAUUGACGACCGGAUCGCAACUGCAAAGGCAAAUCACCUGUGCUUCAGCUGCUUGAAAAGGGCUGGGAGAGGACACACUGUGGAUAACUGCAAACGCAAACAACAGUGCACAAAGCUGGAGAAUGGAACGCGGUGUCCACAGCAGCACCAUCAACUCUUACACAAGAGCAAUUCCGUGAAGAUUGGCGUCGCCAUUACAGCCAGCCCCAAUGAAGCAAUUCUUCCGGUUUUAUCUGCUAACAUCGGCAGCGCUAACGGUCUCUUUAAAUGCGGAAACAUUCUUCUUGACUCGGGGGCUCAAAUAAGUCUUAUCCGACAGGAUACCGCUGAAACUCUCGGUUUGAAAGGAAAGGAUGUGUCCAUAACCAUUACUAAAGUUGGCGGCGAGGACGAAACAAUGAAAACAAAGGAGUACAAUGUUCAGCUAACCUCUAUUGACAGCAACAAGCGUUUUACUAUUAAAGCAAUUGGCAUUCAUAGCAUCAGUGACAAGAUUCCAGCAGUGAAAACAUCGCACUUACCGGAGGUUCUUGGCGUACCAAACACCAGAUUUCUCCGUGGAAAAGGGCACGUUGACCUGCUGAUCGGCACUGAUCACGCACACAUGCAUGCUGGGGAAACAAGGCAAGUGGACCACCUGCUAGCUCGCAAGUCUCCACUUGGAUGGGUGGUUUUUGGAGGAAAACCAGAAGAAAUCAGUGACGUAACCAGCAUAUUGCAUGUCAAGUACGCCUCACCAGUAGACUUAACGGACUUUUGGACAACGGAAACUAUGGGCGUGGCCGUGAAACCCUGUGUGUGCGAUGCAGACAAACUGACUCAAACAGAAAGAGAAGAAGCCAAACUCAUAGAGGAGUCGUGUUUGAAAGUCGAAAACCAAUGGAUGAUCCCUUACCCCUGGAGGAAAGACCCUAACCAGCUGCCAGACAAUAGAGGUUUGGCAAUAAAACUCCUAGAAUCAACAGAACGACGCCUGAAAAGAAACCCUGAACAAGCUGAAGCUUACUGCAAACAGAUGGAGGAAAUGGAAAGCAUGAAAUUUGCGCGAAAGCUUUCAAAGGAAGAACAAGACAAGUAUCAUGGUCCUGUUCAUUACAUUCCACAUCACGCUGUACUGAGGCCAGAUAAGAAGAGCACACCUGUUCGAAUUGUUUUCAAUGCCUCCUCUGCAUUCCAAGGACAUGCUCUGAACGAUUACUGGAAAAAGGGUCCCGACCUUUUAAACGGCAUAUUUGGAGUUGUCUUGAGAUUUCGAGAGAAGGAAGUUGCAGUACUGGGAGACAUCUCCAAGAUGUAUCAUCGGAUCCUUAUUCCCGAAAGAGAUCAACACGUACACCGCUUUCUCUGGAGAAAUAUGGAAACAGACAGAGAACCUGUCACUUACGUCAAAACAGUUCUGACAUUUGGGGACAAGACCGCACCCGCCAUGGCGCAAAUAGUGCUACGAAAAACAGCCCAAGAGAACAAGGCAGGCUACCCAGAAGCAGCCGAAGUGCUGACGAACAACACGUACAUGGAUGACAUCUGUGAGUCUGUGGAAACAGAAAAGGAAGCUAGAAAAUUAACAAAUGACAUAGACACUGUUUUGAAGACGGGAGGAUUCAGAGUUAAAGAGUGGAUUUCCAAUAAGAUACUCAAAGAGAAAGUGAACGGUGACGCAGAGAAGAAAAUUAACAUGUUCAAAGGAGAUGAGGAGAAGGUCCUGGGAACCCUGUGGAAUUUUAAAACAGACAAGUUUUACUUCAGAGUGGCAGCAAACCUACUGAAGUUAGACAACAGUCAAAACCAUGUGCAGAAGAUGACCAAAAGAAUGAUCCUAAGUCAAGUGGCUCGCAUUUAUGAUCCGAUUGGAUUUGCAGCAGCGUUCAUCGUCAGAACAAAGAUUGAAAUGCAAAGACUGUGGCAGCUGGGGCUGGACUGGGAUGACGAGCUACCAAUUGCAGUUCAGGAAAACUGGAUUUCACUUUUCCAGGAAAUUAAGGAACUAGACAGUGUGUCGUUCGAAAGAUGUCUAACAGUAGUCAAUGCUGUGGAACCGCCAAUGUUAUGCGUUUUCGCUGACGCAUCACAAGACGCACUCGGAGCAUGUGCCUACACACGCCAGAGAAAGGAUGACAACACUUACGCAGUCAAGUUCAUCGCAGCGAAGUCUCGAGUAUCCCCGUUGAAACAGCUGACAAUUCCGCGCUUGGAGCUACAAGCAGCCGUCCUCGCAAGUCGCCUAGCCAAAUCCAUUCAGGAGGAAUCUAGGAUACAGUUUAAAGAUGUCAAGUUCUUUACCGACAGUACGAUUACCUUGGCCUGGAUUCAAGGUCCAUCACGCAGCUUCAAACCAUUCGUCUCCUCGAGAGUGGGAGAAAUUCAAAGUAACUCAGAUCCAAACCAGUGGAAGCACAUCCCCAGUGAGGAUAAUGUAGCUGACGACCUGUCGCGAGGGAUCCGCGUUAAUGAGUUACAAGGCAGGUGGAAGAAUGGCCCAGAGUUCCUAUACCUACCAGAAAGUCAAUAG